AUAGUCAACUAGACAUUGUCGCUACUCGCUUGUCUCAGUGUGUACUUGUGUCUAGUGCACUUCUGACGCAUAUACAUAGGUAAAAUGGGUUUCACGAGGAACUGGGAUGCCUCCUGCCCCCGGGUGUGGAAGGAGUUUGAGGCCGGUGGGAGGAAGUAUGUAGUUCAGGACCUGGCUCCUGAGGACGACGGACGAGCCCUGGAGAUACUGGUGGGCCACAUGUGCACUGAUGAAGUGCUGUGCAAUUUGAGCAAUCUAUCAGACGACGCCGAGAGUGUGGAAGGCAUCAAGGCGUUCUGGGCGAAGUGUCUGGAACAGCGUAUGAGCCUGGGCUGCUACACUGACAUAGAUGGGAAGCACACACUGGUCGCGCUCAACGUCUGUGUCGUUGAUACUGUUGACGAGAGGACGCCGUAUGUCGAGAUCGUUGGGGAGGCGUGGAAAAAUGUGUACAAAGCCAUAGAGAUUAUGGAAGAAAGAUGUGACGUUUUCAAAUACCUGGGCUUGGACACAGUAUUGCAUGCACUGGGUCUAAUAGUAUCGAGGGAAUUUAGAGGCAUGGGCCUCGGUAGUUAUAUUUUAGACUCAAGGGAACCUCUAAGCAAGGCCCUGGGUAUCAAGGCUACAGCAACAGUAUUCACUGGCCCGGCGUCUCAGAAAUCUGCUGAAAAAGUCGGCUUCACUACGAUCUACACUAUGUCACUCAAAGACUUCGUAGAUGCAGGGUUAAAAUAUCCCAACGACGAAAACAAACUGGUGAAACUUAUGGUGAAAAAAUAUUCGCAUUAAAAUGUUACACUAGAUCAGUUGUUCUCAAAGUGUGUGACGGGGAGCCUUUGGGCUCCGCAAAGGCCUUGUAGUGACUCCGCGAGCGGUACAUAAAAUGUUUUUAGAAAUAUCACUUGUUAAAAGGUUUCCGCCACCAAAAAGUUUGAGAACUGCUGUACUAGAUAGUGUUUUUUGCAGAGCAUAAUGCGACUCAGUGACGCACAUGCUGGAUUGCACGAAGCGUUGCUGUAGCAGGUAGCUAAAACAUUUAACGUUGAGCAUUAUGCCACAUACCUUCAGGCGCGGUCCG